AUGGAGGUUGAUCGUGAUUUAAUUAACUACGAUUUCAUCGAUUAUAUUAAAAACCAAUGGAGCGACAAUAAUUUAAAAUACAUUGUAAUGGGUUCUCGUAUUAGCUUUUACAAUUUUCGUGUUGAUUAUGCUAGCGGGAAACAACUUUAUGAUGGUCAGCUGUUCUUGGAGGAAAAUAAACACGGUGGAAUACCUAUGACAUUUAUGAAUAUGGAUGCUGCUAGAACUAAAUUAAGUGUCCAAAAAAAAUUUAGGUUGAACAUUAGAGUAUGUAAUAAAAGGAUUCUCCCAAUGUAUACGUUUUGCAAACAAAAGGAAUCAUUGGGUGCCAGUGAGGCUGAAAAGAAUAUGGUGGAGGAGAAGUUGAAUGAGAGUACUAAUUUCCAAGAGUUCAGGGACACUCUGAAGAUAUUGAUGCGAACUAAAAUUACAUGGCUUGAGCAAACUAAUUUCCAAGAGUUCAGACAUAAGUUGGAGCCGUUUUUGCUUAAAAUGCUUGAUUCUCGUAAGGGUAAACCAUAUGGUGAUAGCCCAUCAGAGCUUUUAAGGUUCCUACGAAACACCUAUGUACAUUAUAGGCAAUAUAGUGAGAAGAUGGAAGAUAUCCAAAAGGUGGACGCUAUUUUCAGAACACACUGGGCCCUAUUUGGUGCAUGGGAAAUGAGACUUGGGGAUGAGAAAUCAAUUGUUUUCCCAUGUUUCAUAAGUCCAGGCAUGGGAAAUCAUUCCCUGGCCCAUGGGAAAGUAGGGGGAAAGUGUAGUCAUCCUCCUAACUUGGGUUUUAUUUUCCCUCCUCAUGGGUGUAAACUGAAUUUGACAAUGACAGAAGCAGGAGGACCGUCAGCUUUCACAGAUGUGGAAUUAGAUUGGACAAGUGAGGAAGAAGAACAAACUAGGAGUGAGAGUGAUGAGGAUUUGGACGAAGACCCAGAUUUUGUAGACAUUACCUAUGCACAAAGUGAGGAGGAUGGAUAUGUAGACCAUGAUGCAAAUGACAGAGACCCUAAUGCAGGUGAAGAGGAUGAUGAGUCAAAUAAUAACCCUGCCUCACCUAGCAUGUGUACACCAGAGCACUCUUCUUUAGAGUAUGAGGUUGUGAUUGGAAACUGCUUGAAAAAGAGGAAGCUCCCUAACUUUAAAGACUUCAUCCCAUCCAUUGAUAUGAAAAAUCCUCAAUUUGAACUCAGUUUAAGAUUUUAUAGUCUUGAAAUCUUUAGGGUAGUUGUGAGGAGGCAUUCUGUCCUAAUUGGCAGAGAGCUUAAGUUUAAGGUGAAUAUGUCCACAAGGUUUGAACUCGACAGAGCUUCCCACAAUGGCAAUGCUUUCGUUGUCGACCCUCCAUUGCAACUUCAAUUCAAUUGUUGA